UCUUUGCGUUUGGACGCGGUGUCUGUGUGUGUCUCUGUCUUGCUUUUGACUUAGCGGUUGUGUGUUUGGAAUAUUUGAAUAAUUCUUCUUCUUAACUAAACUAUACGCAUUUUACAACAGCAAGAGCAACGCACAAACAACGCGUGUAUUAUUUAAUUAGCAAGCAAAAACACUGCGGAUCGCGAGUGCGUCGCUGCCAAAGCACAAAACAAAAAAAUAAAGAAACAACAAUCGAUAGUCAAAUCUGUGUUGUUAUUGUUGUGUCAUCGAAACGAGUGCAAUUGAUUGAUAUUGAAUUUGAAGCUAAAGAAAAAAAUGUGUCAGUGCAAAUAUUGAGUGAGCCAAAAAUAGCCAAAGAGCAGCUCAAGAAGGCUGAAAAUAAAAACGCUUCACACAACAAAACCUUUUCUCAUCAUCAUCUCUCGGCGUCUGUCUACAAAACCACAAAAUCGCUUAAAAGAUCGUCUGUGCGUGCGUCGUGUUUUAAUCGUGUCCGUCCCACUGUCUUCGUCUCUCUGUCUGCGCGUCGUUCGAUCUCUGCUUGCGUCGCCGUCGUCGUCAACGUCAGCGUCUCUUAUAAGCCGCACUAAAGCCAAGAAGAAGAGCUGAUCCCCGAUCCCCGGUCUCGAUCUCUCGAUCGCGGUCUCAAUCCCAAUCCCAGUUCUCGGCUGUUUCCUUUCGUGCACUGCUCCUCGCUUUGUUUCGGACACGUACUUCGUAAUCUUCUCUCUCUUUAAUCAACCUGCCUGCUGAUCCACGCGAUAUUAUAAACAGAGAUACAGAUACGGAUACAGAUACAGAUACAAACCAUUUAAGGAAACGUGUGUGAAAGAGAGAGGGGAAUAAUACUUGAGCAGUAGCUCCUGCUUUCUCAGUCUCUGCUCCCGAUCAAGAUUAUGCGCCUAAUUUGAAGUUGUAAUUAAUUUGGAUACCCUAAUAAAAAAGAGCAUAACGACAAAGAACCAAAGCCCCAAAAGCGAACACGCGAGAAAUCAAAAACAAAGGGGAAAGAUACAAAACUUCAACAUCAACAUCAACUUCUUCCCUCGACGCUGCUGACGGGGCGUGACACGCCUCUUUUUUAUUGCCCCACCGAUGAAUGCACAAUAUGGAACUGGCCAUUUGUAAGACUGAAUUGUCUGCCACCAAAUUUAUGCUGCCCCCCGCACUGCCAACUGUCGCAGCAAUUGCAACAACAACGGCUACGGCAAGUGCAACACACUCUUUCCUCGAUCGGGCGGUGCAAAUCAACGAGCUCUUCAACUUCAACCCGCCACAACAUCCAUUCAAGAGCAACUACAACAGCAGCAGCAACAUCACCAGCAACAGCAGCAACAACAACAACAGCAGCAGCAGCAACAUGCGGAUGAAAAAGAAUCGCAAAGUCACAUUUCUAUCCAGUUUAGUUGAGUCUACAAAUAAAUACAUUAAAGAGGAGCCUAUCAAUGGCGGCAAGGAUCUGCCCGUGUGCAGUUUAUCGGAUAUUUCAGAUCACGAGGGCUCGCUGGAUGUGCCCACAGCAUUGCCACCGCUUACGCCAGGCACCAAUCGCAAGGUGAACGAGGUCUUGAAGGCCUCCUUUGCCUCCUGGGAGAAGGAGGUGCAGAACUGCAACAUAACCAAAGAUCCCCGCGAGUGGACAGAGGAACAUGUCAUCUAUUGGCUCAACUGGGCCAAGAAUGAGUUCUCGCUGAUCACCAUGGACCUGGGUCCCUUCUGCAAGAUGACGGGUCGUGAAAUGGUCGAGCUGGGCAAGGAGAAGUUUCUCGCCAUCACGCCUCCCUUCACAGGCGAUAUUCUGUGGGAGCACUUGGACAUACUACAGAAAGAGUGCGAGAAACCAAAUGAGGAUAUUGUGCAUGGGAAUUCCUUUGAAUCGGCCACCACCGCCUCGGUCUGUGGAUCAGACCAUCAGGUGGCCAAUUACGCCACAACAACAACAACAGCAACGCCAGCCACGACGCCCACGUCCAACAACAACAAUAACAACAAUAACGAAAGUAUUGCGAGUCGCCUGGCCAUGGAUUAUGUGACAUCGACAACGUCGAACAGUGAUAAGAGCAACAGCUUCCACCCCUCAGCGCACACAGGCUACAGCAGCAACAACAACAACAGCAAUGCCCACGAUCGCACCAACAACAGCCCGCCACCGCAGCAAUCGCAACAGCAGCUUGUCAAUGGCAAUAGCAACAACAACAACAACAACAAUGCCAGCAAUAGCAGCAACAACAUGUUGCCGCCAGGCGUGCAGCAGCAGCAGCAGAAUGUUGCUGAUAACAACAACAGCAGCAGCAGCAGCACUGGCAGCAGCAACAACGCCAACAGCAGCAACCAGAGCAAUGCGGGCACCAACAACAACAACAAUAAUAACAACAACAACAACAACAAUAACAACAACAUCAACUACAUGACAGCAAUGGCUGCAGCACUCUACCAACAUCACCAACUCAAAGAGGAGCCCGGCACCGGAGGACAGUCAAGUAACAACAACAAUGGCUACGUCUCGAAUGCCCAGAACGAUCCCACAGAUCUCAGCAGCUACGGGCUGCCCGCACAUCUGGCAGCAGCAGCAGCCGGACACUAUCCGGGAGCGGGCGGAGGCAGCGCAGCUGGCGGCAACAGCGGAGGCGGCGGCGCAGCUGGCGGCGAUGAUAGCGACUAUCACAGCACGAUUUCGGCGCAGGAGCAUCAGAGUCAGACCUCGAGUGUGGGCAAUGGCAGCGGCAGCGGUGCCAACAGCAACAAUGGCUACGGCAUGGAUGGGAGUCCGGACUUUUACAAUUCCUACGGACGUCCGCGCUUCCACGAUGCCUUCGGCAAUUCCGACUUUACGCCCUAUGAAGCACAGUUCCAGACGAUGAGCGCCCAGCCCAACAUGGAUCAGUGGGGCGCCCAUGCGCACCAGCAUCCGGCUGCCUACAUGACCACCUUGGGGCUGGACAAGUCGCUGCUGGGCGGCUACUCGACGCAGGGAGGCGUGCCCUGCUUCACUGGCUCGGGACCGAUUCAGUUGUGGCAAUUUCUGCUCGAGCUGCUGCUCGACAAGACGUGUCAAAGCUUCAUCUCGUGGACGGGCGAUGGCUGGGAGUUCAAGCUAACAGAUCCCGAUGAGGUGGCACGUCGCUGGGGCAUUCGCAAGAACAAGCCGAAGAUGAACUACGAGAAGCUGAGCCGCGGUCUGCGUUAUUACUACGACAAAAACAUCAUCCACAAGACAGCUGGCAAACGCUAUGUCUAUCGAUUCGUCUGUGAUCUGCAGAAUCUGGUCGGUCACACGCCAGAGGAGCUGGUGGCCAAGUUCGAUCUGAAGAUCGAGAAGAAGGACGUCGACUAGCAGACGCGCAGCACUGAAGCUGCGUGAGGAAUUCAUCUGAUCUGAUCUGAUCUGAGAUAGCGAUCUAAAGG